CGAAACUUAGUCAAAUGCCUGUUAAACCUGCUGAACAUAUUUAUUUAAAUAGAUAAGGGUGUGUUCUAGAUGAAGUGCCAUAAAAUAAUCUCUCCACAUACCGACACACCAGACAGCUUAGGAAGCACUUUGUGGACAGGUUUCAGACGGAGGUCAGUGUUGCUGAGAUGUUGGAAGGAAAAGCUUGGAUCACAGGUUGCAGCCUGUUUGUGCUGCUCAUGUUUUAUGGUCAAACUGCUCACUGCCAAAAGGACAAAGGUUCAACACAUGAAGACCUGAGACUCAUGCUGGUUGGAAAAACUGGAUCAGGAAAGAGUGCUACUGGAAACACCAUCCUGGGGAAAGAAAAUGCCUUUCUUGAGAAAAUGUCACCUGAGUCGGUGACUAAAGGCUGCCAAAGAAAAGAGGGAAGGUACAGAGAGAGGAAGAUUGCUGUGAUCGACAGCCCAGGACUGUUUGACACAAACAAAGCAAAAGAAGAAAUAAAGGUAGACAUUGAGGAGUGUAUUGAACAGUCAGUUCCUGGACCCCAUGCUUUUCUGUUAGUCAUCAGUCUGAAGGUACGAUUCACUGAAGAGGAGAAGGCAGCUGUGAAGUGGAUCCAGGAUAAUUUUGGCUCAGAUGCUGACAUGUAUACCAUAGUCCUGUUUACACAUGCUGACCUCCUGAAGGAUGGUUCUCUGGGAGACUUUUUGGCAGAGAGCAAAUAUCUACAAAGACUUCUAAAUAAGUUAGGGGGACGAUAUCAUUCACUCAUCAAUGACAAGAGACAAGACAGAAGCCAGGUUGGGGAACUUCUGGACAAGAUAGAUGAAAUGGUGAAGAGCAAUGGGGGAAGACACUACACCAGUCAGAUGUAUGAGAAAGCCCAGAAGAGACUUGAGGAGAAGAGAAAAGAGGAGGAAGAGGAACAGCGAAGAAAGAAGGAAGAGGCAGAUAAGAAAAAGGAGAGGGAGGAAAAGAGGGCUUUUUGUCGAAACAUAUUAAUUGGUUUAGUGGGAACUGUUGGAGUAGGAGCAUUAUUUAACCCUGCACUGUAUCUCGUGCCAGGGGAACUUAGUGCACUGCUUGGUCAUGGUUGCACUUUAGAUAUGUUUUUUUGGGACCUGUUUUAAAAUGAAAAUCUGGAAGAGGCAGUUGCUAAUAAGAAUCCUGUUUACUACAUUAACUAUGAAAUAUGGGUGUUUAUACUUUAUGUCUGAAUGUAUGGGCUAAAUGCAAUUUUCAAUAA